CGGUCGUAUUGCACACCGAGCAAGAUGGGUAAACCUCGUGGUCUUCGUACUGCACGUAAGCAUGUAAAUCAUAGACGCGAUCAACGUUGGAAUGAUAAGGACUACAAAAAGGCUCACUUGGGAACAAGAUGGAAGGCUAAUCCUUUCGGUGGCGCUUCCCAUGCUAAGGGUAUCGUUUUAGAAAAAGUAGGCGUAGAAGCAAAGCAACCAAACUCUGCUAUUCGCAAAUGUGUGCGAGUGCAGUUGAUCAAAAAUGGCAAGAAAAUCACAGCUUUUGUACCUAGGGAUGGUUGUCUAAACAAUAUUGAAGAAAACGACGAAGUGUUGGUAGCGGGAUUUGGUCGUAAAGGUCAUGCUGUUGGUGACAUUCCAGGAGUUCGAUUUAAAGUAGUGAAAGUUGCUAAUGUUUCGUUACUCGCACUUUACAAAGAAAAGAAAGAACGACCCAGGUCUUAAAAUAUCAUUGUCAUGUAUUUCUGAUA